AUGAAACGAACUCAAACUCCAAAUCCAACAACAACAACACCUUCUUCCCUUCCGAGCUCAUCUACAGGAUCUACUUUUGUCUCUCCAUCAAUUUCAGGUUCUCAUCACUCGGAAAGUAAUAAGGUCGGAUCAAAAAACAACACCCCAAAAAAGCCAGGAUUAAAAACCAGUUCGAGUUCCAGUAGUGUUGGAUCAUCAGUAGGCAACAAUUCAAGAUCAAAAGUCUUUUCGACUCAUCCAAAUCAUUCUUCCACCAAAAAAUUUGUAGAGAUACCACGACCAGGUUCAAGAGCCUCUUCUAAUUCUUCCAUCCCUUUAUCCCAUUCAUCAUCAAAAGAGUCUAAUAAUAGCAGCUCACGAUGCAGCUCACCUGAUACAAGCUCAAAUAUAGGUCGAACAGGAGAGCUCAUCAAUACCUUUAAAAAUGUAUUCAAAGAGGGAGAUGUUAAAUGCUGUUGUUAUGUCGAUAAAACACAUUCCAUUUGGACGGGAGGAAAUGAAGGUCAUUUGUGUGUCUAUGACAUUAAGGAUAAUAUUGGAAGUCUUGAUUUCAAACGAAUAACCACGAGUGGACAUUUAGGAGACGUUUCUAAUAUUUCAUUUUCUUGUAUGACUUGUGUUCACUCGCUUUCACCAGAACUUCCGUGUACAGUAUGGACUGGUUUCAAUAAUGGGAAAGUUUUGGUUUGGGAUGUUGUCUCAAUUUCAAAGAUAUUUGAAUUGGAGUGUCAUCGAACUGAGAUCACACAAAUUCUAUGUGUAUAUAAUGAAAACACCCAUUCCAAAUAUGUAUGGACCUGCUCUAAAGAUUCUUCAAUAUGUGUUAUAGAGCUAACAACUUUUCAACAAGAACGUGUAUUAACGGAUCAAAAAGGACCUAUUCGUUGUAUGGUUUUCCUGAACGAAUUUCAUCAUGUUUGGACGUGUUCUGACACUAGUAUCAAUAUUCGAUCGACCGAUGGAAAAACACUGAAACAGAUUCCAUUUUUGUUCGUUGCUAGAAACAUUAUUUUUGAUGGUUUUCAUAUUUGGACAAGCAGUGCAGAUGGUAAAUUAAGAGUAUGGGAUUGCGAGAAACAAAAAUGUAUCAAAGAAACCAAAGCUCACACAGAAAUGGUGAACGGAUUGCUAUCAACCACUAAACAAGUAUGGAGCUGUGGUGAUGACAAGGUACUUCAUAUCUUUGAUUCCACUUCUUUAAAACCCAUUAAGAAAAUUAAGGCGAAUUCAGUUUCUGUCAUUACCAUGGUUGCACUUCCUGGAAAACGCGUGUUUGCUUUUUGUACAGAUAACAAAGUCAGAAUAUGGGAAUGUGAAGGUGAUAUUCAACGUUUAAAUGAUUUUUCCUUAAUGACGAUGACAACAAAUGUUGUCGAGAACAACCAUUCUUUCAAACCACAACCUACAACAGGGAGUGUAACUUCUCUUCCAACCGCUUUUCAUUCCGAACCUCAAAAGAAACAGGAAGGUCACACUCAAGCUGAAAUGGAGACAAAGACACCAGAGGAUUCUUCUCAUGAACAACAACAGCAACAACAACCAUUUGAUUUACUCAGUUCAAGUAUUGUGUUAGACAAGCAAGAACUAUCUCUCGAAUAUAAUGAAAACAAGAAUGAAGAUCUUGGUUAUGAAAGCUCGUCUGAGGAUGAAGAUAACUCUAUUUCUCUUAGAUCUAUAAAAGAAGCAUACGAAACAGAAAUUGUUAAACUACGAAAACAGUUACAAGAAACGUCUUCUCUCGUGACAAAAUAUAAACUUAAAUUGAAAUCAAAGACAGAGAAGAUUGAAGAACAAGAAAAUGAGUUACACGAAAAAUCCAUGAAAAUUGAACAGUUACAAGAAGAAAUGAAAGCAGCAGAGUUAUUAGCUCGCCAAUCCACUUCACAAUUUGAAAAAGCGAAUUUAGAGCGGCAAGAGCUUGUAAAUAAGAUCACAGCAGUGUAUUUAUCCUUUAAAUCAGCAGACUCUGCAACACUUUGCAAUAAUGAUAACGAGUCAGUUGUUAAAAUGAUUGAUGAACUGAUGUGUAUGAUGGAUCAAGAACGAUCAAGGUUUCAACAAAUUGAGCAAAAAUUCCAAAACACGAAUCUAAUUGUGCAAGAAGCAACCAAAGAACUACAAACAAAACUUGAUUCACUAUCCAAAGAUUCAAGUUCAUUGGUCGAACACCUCAAGCAUUUGAAAGAGGAGAACGAAAAACAAAUACAGCAAUUGAUUGAAAAAGAAAACACCAUACGAACGUUGAAAUCAACCCCAAACGAUGAAGAUUAUUCUGUCUACGACGAAAUUGAGUUUCUGGACAAGCAAAAUGAAGAUUUAAUUACCCUUAUCGAAAAAGGAUUUCCUGAAAAAAAGAAACAUUUAUUGAACGAUAAUUUAUCCCUCGAAGAAAAGCUUUCAAUAAUAUUGUCCAAUUAUUGA